GUGGCACAGCAGGUGUGACAUGUGACUACGUCAACACAGAUGCUUACUUGCGUGUUCGUUUAUACCAUUUCAAUGGCUAUGUGCAAGUCGAAUCACGUUCAGCGGAUCUGAUGCCAUCUUCCGAUAAGCGACCGAGUCCAGCCGUGAUGUCUUUGAGUUUAGAACCCGGAACGCAGUUGGCGCUUAAUUUCCUCUUUACGCCGAUUGAAGACAUCUACGAGAAAUUCGAGUCCUGCGGCAGAGCGCGCAACUCGCAGUGGUUUGCGCACAUAGUGGCGAUCUUUGCGUGGGUGCCGGUCGUAAUUUUCAUCGCGUUUAAGCUCACAUGGGCAAAAUUCCAGGCAGACCUGCAUUUCUGGUACCGGCGCAGAGAAACGGGGAAAGUAUACUGGACGUUUUUGCCAGUGGCACCUGCGCCAUCGUCGAAGCAGACUCCACCUUCAAUUAAGGACAUGACUCAUGAUCUUGAGAAGCUGAAGCGUCAGAAUAUUCAGCUUCGAAGGGGGAAACUACGUACCAGGAGAGGCG